AUGUUGCUACGAGCAUUUCAUUAUACUAUGCUGAACUUGAUUUUAUUAUUCCUAUUCACAGUUUGCAAAGCAAAGAAAGCCGAAAAUGAUGUAGUACAAGAAGUAAUAUACUCAAAUUCCAUUCGAGCCCUGUCUGAACUUCGCGAAAUUGAGAAUUCCUAUAUGAAGCAUUUGAACAACUAUGUUAGCUUGCUGCAACAAAAAAUCAAAACUCUCAGAAUUUUUAUUAAUUCUUUAACUCAGGAUUAUUUGGAUCACAAGGUGGACCGAUAUAAAUAUGUGUCAAAUCCCCUAAUUUCCUUUGGACUUGUAAGGCGGGCUCAUCAAGAUUGGCCCAAGUUGAUUGCUUACUUAAGGGAUCAAGAAAAUAUGAAAGUUGAUAUCGAGGAAAUGAAUAAGCUAAUCAAUCGUACACCCAACGCAAAUGAUAUGAAAGAGGCCCUAAUGGGAAUGGAUAGAAUAGAACACUUCUACGACCUGAAGUCAUCGGAUAUGGCCCAGGGUCAUGUGGCAGGUCAACAGCUAGGGUCUCGAAUGUCAGCUUCCGACUGCUUGGCUUUAGCAGACUAUUUGUACAAAAGAUCAGAAUUUAGACGUGCGGCUGAAUGGUAUCGACUAUCUUUAAGUGUCCUCACCAAACCAAAUAAUAAUGUUUCAUUUAAAUUCUAUGCUCCAAAAAGAGAAGAGCUUGAAAAAAUGUUUGUUAUAAGUCGGCUUCAAGAAGGUUCCGUUGCCAACUUAAGUGACUAUCUGAAGGAACUCUCUCAAAACCCGAACAAUUCAUUGGUGCAUCUAAGGCCAAGGAAACCGCCCACUGUAAUAGAACAGGGCUGCCAGGGAAAGUUUCCACCAGGACCUCAACUAGUGUGUCGCUAUAAUAGCACCACCACUCCAUUUAUGCGAAUAGCUCCACUGAAAGAGGAGGAGAUCAGCAGAGACCCACUUAUCUGGCUAUAUCACGACGUGAUCUAUGACAGUGAGAUAACUCAGUUGACGAAUUUAACCCGAGAGGAGAUGAUUCUGGGCACCACCACAAACUAUACGACUCCAGAUCGGGUGAAUCGCCUCUUCCACAUCAAAGUCACCAAUGACGAUGGCGGAAAGUUGGACAAAACAUUGGUGAAUCGUAUGGCAGACAUAUCGGGCUUGGAUAUGGGCAAUACCACCACACUGGCCAGAAUCAAUUAUGGACUUGGUGGUUAUUUCCAAGAACACAGUGACUACAUGGACAUUAAGCUUCAUCCGGAACUGACUGAGGAAGGUGAUCGACUAAUGACAUUCUUGUUCUACAUGACCGAUGUCCUAGUGGGUGGUGGCACAAUCUUCCCCGGCGCCCAACUUGCUAUUCAGCCGAAAAAAGGAUCCGCUCUCUUUUGGUACAACCUCCACAAUAAUGGUGACCCAAAUCCGUUGACCAGGCACGCCGUUUGUCCCACCAUUGUGGGCAGCCGAUGGGUGUUAGUCAAGAGCAUGUUGAACUACGAACAGAUGUUCAAGAAGCCCUGCUACAAGUAAAGAAUUC